GUGGGUGUGGAGUAAAGAAGCAAUUUUUUGUUUAAGCGGUCACCUUCAUCCUCGCCAUCGACUUAUUUUGACAUACCGGCACGCUUUUUUCGCCAUGGCAGGACCUAAUUUGGAACUGUUCAAGUUCUCUUUGUACCUAUUCUUCCCGUUGGCAAUCAUGGUGCAUUACGGAGAUCCACAAUGGUAUCACGAUAAUGUGUUACCGCUUCGUGAUCAAUUCUGGCCGGAUGAAGGAUCACUAUAUAAACCGCCAAGAAAUCGAGCAGACGUAAAAACGGCAUUGGAAGAAUUACGACAACAAAGAUUAGCCGGGAAGAGUGAUGUUAAUACAGGAAAGACUAGUGCUCACCCAUCCUCAUCACAAUCUUCAUCUUUUACGCCAAGUCUACGACCGAAUGGAAGCCUUGGUCGAUUCUCUACUUCACAGGUAACCGGAGUUCGUCAACCUGGAUCAUCUACUUGGCGUGAACAAUGGGCAGAAUCACAACAGAGAAGGGUGGUAUAAAUUAUAAAUUACACAAAUGUACAGGAAUAGCAAUCAUGUACCAAAUAUUGUACAAUACAGAUAUAUCAAUACAAGAUGCAGCAGUCAUCGGCUUUCAUGCUGCGAUAGGG